AUGGAUAUUGACGCUGGACCGUCGACGUCUCACCAUCAUGGGGGUCGGCUGUCUCUGAGCGACCCGCGGAUACGAAGGCCUUUGCCGUCGGGCCCUAGACUCGAGAAGUCUCUUUCACUUCCCGGCAUCGAAUCAUUUCGGAACGAUCUCCAGACUACAGCGAAUAGGAUACUGUCGGCAACGAAUCGCGGUCGUUAUUUCGAUGUGCGCGCACUGUUGCUGGUGUGGCAAGACGACGACGACGCAGCAAGUGUGCAUGCCGCGAUCCGCGAGCUCGCGGACGUGUUUGAGAAGCAGUAUCAGUUUGCCUUUCAAAUACAGACAAUACCUUCUACGGAACAUGGACUUGCCAAAGAUACUUGGAGGUGGCUGUCGAGAACACUAGACAGAUUUGCAGAUGAGGAUGACAGGCGCGAUGUGCUCAAGAUUGUGUAUUACGCCGGCCACACGUUUCUGGACGAAAGUAGAGAAAUGUGUCUUGCUAGCUCUCGGAUUCUGGAACGGGCAACGAUGGUGAGAUGGAGCACACUGCAGCAGCCGUUGGAACAGGCAUCCUCGGAUGUCUUGGUCAUCAUGGAUGCCGCUUUUUACCCGUGUUCCCGAAUACUUCGCAAGCAGGGUGUCAUGGAAAUUCUAGGGGCGUCCAUCUCAGAGGAGCACGCAGCCUCCCUUGGCCGAUGCACGUUUACAAAAGCACUGGCCGAGCAGCUAAGGAUACGCGCCGGCCGCGCGAAACCUCUGUCGGUGACGGAGCUGCACGCCAUCUUGCUAAGCGCGUAUCCAAAGCUUGUCCAGGACCGCCAGCCGGAGGAUGAAAACGUCGUCAGCUUUCCGACGCCGUUUCACAUGAUGGUGAGCGGCAAUUCGAGAUUGCCGUCCGUCUUCCUGAGUCCACUGCACCAACACGGCACACACCGAAGUAGCUUCUCAUUCGAUAGCAUGCCGCAAAUCAGCCUCAACGUGCGACUGGCGGAUGAGAAUGUCGAUGUGGAGAGUUGGAACGAAUGGCUACGUCUGAUUCCGGAGACGGCUCGAGAGAUCCGCGUGGAUGGCCCGUUCAGGGCCCCUCCAUUCAGAUAA